ACACGUGCGAAAAUGGAAACACCACCCCUGAAUGUGGAUAAUAUGAAUUAUGAUGAACGAUUAUAUUUGAUUAAGGAUCUCAUUAAUUUGAUCACUGAUCUAGAGAUGCAUAAUAUCACAUAUGGGUAUUUGAAUUAUGAAAAUCUGCUUUACGCUAAUGGAACGCUUAAAAUGAGAGUAAUACCAGAUCCAUCGCAUCCCGACUUCAAACAAAUGUGUGCGGACAGAAAUAUAUUAACAUUAAGGGAGGGGUUUGCUAUCAUUCUCGAUCGGAUUAUGCCAUAUUCAAGAAUUCCUAAUGGCGUCCAAAGAGACUACAAUCAUUUUAAGCGCCUAACUGAGUUUAAUCUUCCGAUGGAGAUGUUUAGGGAACUCUCAUUUCAUUAGGUGUUUAUGAGUUCUGCCAGUAAGUUAAGAUUUGUGAGUCGGGCGUACUUAUAUAUGUCCAGCCUUGAAAGUGAUAUAUGGAGAAAGUUCAACAAUUACGGCAAAAAGCAACUGAUGAAUCAAAUGUCUUUUACAGACGUAAUUACAGUUGCCGGAUUUAAACAUGUUUAUGAUUCUAGUAGCUAUGAUACAACGAUUUCAUCCGUGAUUACAUAUUGGAGGAACUGUGAAGUGCACUUGAACGAAAAACUGAGGAAUAUGCCGUCGAAAGACAAAACACCAAACACCAAGUUAUAUUAUGACGAUAGCGAAUUGGGUGCCAAACUUUGUGAAAUGUUUCCAGAGUUAAUACCAACUCUGUGGAACUUUCUCUUCCAGGAGCGGAUUACGAUGGAUUUUCAUAGUCAUUAAAUUAUGAUAUUUGAAUUAUUAUGUUAUGUAUUCUAGCUAGUAUUUC